GGCCCCUGCCUUGGCCGUGGCCUUGGCCUCGGCGUCGGCGUCGGCGGGCUAGGAGGCGGCGGCCGCGCGGGAGGGGAGGACCAUGGCCGAGGGAUCCCCAGGGGAUUCCGUUUCCCAGCGUUUCCUAUACGACGUGCCGGCCUGGAUCAUGUGUCGCUUCUACCAAGUGAUGGAUUCCCUGGAGUCGACGGACUGGUACAAGUUCGCGUCCCUCAUCGUUCAGGACCAGACAACACUUCGGCUGGGGGAACGUUUUCACGAUCGAACGGCCAAAAUCAUGUGGCCUUGGAUUAACCAAAAUGCCCGGGUGGCCGACCUUCUCCACAUCCUCACUCACCUCCAGCUGUUUCGAGCCCGAGACAUCAUCACCAGCUGGAAGCCUGAGCCCCCAUCAUUAGCCCUUGCUGCCACAUUACCCUGUACACCGACCCCGCCUUGGCCCCCGCCUCACCCCAAACCCACUAACAUCCGUAAGGAAGAGGGAGCCAGGCCACGCAAGUCUGCCUCCACCUUCCCUGCUCCAGACUCCUGGCCCUCCCCCUGCCCUACCCCAAGCCCUGCACCCCAAGGGGCUAGGCCACUCAGCUCUAACACCUCCUCUUCUUCCACAAAGCAAGGAGAAGAGAACAAAAUCCCUUCAGUGAACUAUGCCAACCCAUUGCCCUUCCGCUGGCCCUUCCUCGAAAUCGCCCAGGCCACCUGCAACUUCUCAGAGGAGCUGAAGAUUGGCGAGGGAGGCUUUGGCUGCGUGUACCGGGCGGUGAUGAGAAACACUUCCUAUGCUGUUAAAAGGCUCAAGGAGGACGCUGAGCUAGAAUGGAACACCAUAAAGACAAGCUUUGGCACCGAAGUAGAGAAGUUGUCUCGGUUCCGUCACCCAAACAUCGUGGACUUUGCAGGCUACUGCAUUCAAGAUAACAUCUAUUGCCUCGUCUACAUCUUCCUACCCAAUGGCUCCCUGGAGGACCAGCUCCAUUCCCUGAGCCAAAACGCUUCCCUCCUCUCCUGGGCUCAACGAGUAGAUAUCUUGCUUGGCACAGCAAGGGCCAUCCAGUUCCUACAUCAGGACAACCCUAGCCUCAUUCACGGAGAUGUCAAGAGUUCUAAUAUCCUCCUUGAUGAGAAGUUGAUACCCAAACUGGGAGACUUUGGCCUGGCUCGCUUCAGCCGCUACUCAGGAGCUGCUUCUGGGAAGAGCAGCUCCCUGGCCCGCACUCAGACUGUUCGGGGCACCCUAGCCUACCUACCCGAGGAAUAUGUCAAAACCGGAAAGCUGACAGUGGAAAUUGACACCUUCAGUUUUGGCGUGGUACUGUUGGAAGUCCUGACUGGGUGUCGAGCCAUUGAGACAGAUGGGGCUAAAACCAAGUACUUGAAGGAUUUGGUUGAGGAAGAGGAAGAAGAUGCUCCGGCACCCUGCAAAGGGAUGGCAACAGGGGCCGGAGCAGACCUGGAUGCCUGGGCCACCCAGAUUGGUUCUCGACUUUAUACAAAGUAUGCAGACUCCAGGCCCGGCAAGUGCCCUCCAGAGGUGGGCCAGGAGCUCGGAAGGCUGGCCUGCCGCUGCCUGCACCGACGGGGCAAAAGGAGGCCUCCCAUGACCAAGGUGUAUGAAAGUCUAGAGAAGCUACAGGCUUCAGUGGGACUAUCCGAGCAAGAGGCUGGAAGCAGGGGCCCGGCCUCGCCCCAAGAGAACUCUUACCUGUUCACCCCUAACCCAGCCCCUGAUGCCAGAACCCCUCAGCAGCACCCCCAAGCCAGGAUCUGUGCUCAGGACUCAAAGCAGCUCAGGAAUCGCCCCAACCAGCCUGUGGAAAGUGAUGAGAGCACGCCUGGCCUCUACGAUGCUCUCAGUUCCUGGAAUUUGAGCCAAGACUUGCCCUUGGUGCCAAGCCUGCCUGGUGGCCCAGGGGAGAGAGUAGAAGCUCAGUCCUGUUCUCUUAGGCAGACGCCCUGUCCAGCAGAGGCAGCUCCAGGAGAGAGCUGGGGGGGCCAGGCCAAGACAGGCAGCUUGGGCCAUGGACAAAACACCUCUGAAGAGAGCGUCACCUCUGCAAGGCCCCAGAUCAUCAUUAACCCUGCUCGGCAGAAGUUUGUCCAGAAACUGGCCCUGUAUGAAAAUGGUGUGCUCAACAGCCUGGAGCUGCUUUCUUCCAGCUCCUCCCCAGGUUUGGGGCUGGACCAAGGAAACAGGCAGGGACCCGAGGAGAGUGAUGAAUAUCAGAGCUGAUUUGCUCAUGUGGACAGAUACCCAGAAAUGGAAGUCAAAGUUCUCAUGGUUGGACGUUCUCAAAGUGCAAGGACACUCAUCUCUGGGUGGGGGGAUCACGGCUGAAGCAAGCUACCCUGGGAGAGGAGGGUUUUGUCAGCUUCAAGGUGCCUCUGUGGAGAGGCAGGCCAUUGCACCUGACCCAAGGCUACUGUCUCCCCUAGGGAUUAUAAGCCCUAUGUUGUACCAGCCCCUGAGGAGAGAAACCUUGCCCCCCUAUAGGGUUGGCACACAACUGUCUCAAGGUGGAAGCGGCUUGUUCUCUGUGUAUCUGGCCCAAAUUAUAGACAAGCCAGAGUCUUCUCUUAAGUUGGCUUCCAAUUAGCAGUUGGGUGGUUGGAGAGAGAACCAAGGCAGGGAAGGAUGAACAGCUUCCCCAGCACUGAUGCUCACCAACUCUGACCCACGACCCCGGGCCACACAGGAACCACUUCCACGCUUCCCUAGUGAGAUUUAGCCUGAAAAUCAGAAGGCAGCUAGUCUCCCCUUGUGGAGCCCUCCAUAACGAAACAGGCCUGAGAAGCAAGUCAAUGGUACCCUCCCACUCAGAACCCCCGACCCCUUCAGUGCCACUACAACCUAGGAAAGGCCCGCUGGAGAAACAGGAAUUGGGUGGGGAGCCCAAGCCAGGCAACCUAGUAGUUAGCGAUGGUCCCUUACAACAGGGCCAGCUGAGAGCUGGCCACGGCUUCACUUUGGCCCAGCUGAGCCUUUUGAUCCCCGCCCCUGGGAUCUGGUCUGGGCUGCAACGAAUGGCAAUGACUCCAAAGCAGGGAAGGUCCUGCUGAUCCAUGGCCCAGGCCAGCUUAGCUCCCCUCCUCCACAAGCAUCCUGGUGUGGGAGGGAGGAGGCAACAGAGGCACCGAUUCCAGAAUAAAACUGAUUCACACCUGGGGCCGAAUCCCCUGAGUAGCCUGGGACUGGUGCACCAAGUACCUCAGUGGCCCAGGAGUGUGGCUGGCAGCUGGCACUGCCGCUGCCCUCCUUACCCGGCCAUCCAGCAGUCACUACAGGCCCCAGGCUGGCCCACUCUGGACAAAGCUAUGUAUCGGAUGAAGACCACAUGUUCCUUUGGCAAUAAACUUUUAUGGAUAUUUUU